AUGAGUGACCUGGCGGCGGGUCCCCGAGAGGCAUUCGGGGGCCCGCCGGAGGUUCUAAAGUGUUGGCGGCUGCCCCUUCAUCCGCCGAGGCCCUUGGAUCAAGCGUGGCCCUCGGCGCUGCCGACGCGGAGCGCCGCCUCAGGGGAGGGAGGCCCCAGCCGGAAGCCCGCGCCGUCCCCACGGCCGGGCGUCCCCGGAGAACGAAUUCUGCGCUCUGCGCACCCAUUUUCCUUUCAGGGCCCCCCCUCGGAUUCUUCCCUACCCAUUUUCCCUUCGGCCCCCCCCCCCCGGAUUCUUCCCCACCCAUUUUCCCUUCGGGCCCCCCCUCGGAUUAUUUCCCACCCAUUUUCCCUUCGGGGGCCCCCUCGGAUUCCUCCCCACCCAUUUUCCCUUCGCCCCCCCCCCCCGGAUUCCUUCCCACGCAUUUUCCCUUGGGGGGGCCCCCUGGGAUUCCUCCCCACCCAUUUUCCCUUCAGCCCCCCCCCCCCCCCCCGGGGUUCCUUCCCUCGAGGCCCGGGCUCUCGGGUCAGAGCGGGGCCGGGGGUGGGGGGUGGGGUGAAGGGAGGCCUUCCCGGAAGCGAGGCCCACAUCCGGGCACGGGGCCCGCUCGCGGGGUGGGGCGGCCGGGCGCUCGACGCGAGCCGGGGGUACCCCGCGCGGCGGAGGGGCCCGGGCCGUGCCGGGGUGGGCUGCGCCGGGCCCUCCUCCGAGCGCUGUAGCCGCGCCUUCGCGGACGCCGAAGGCCCCCCACACCUCGCGGGCGGGCCGGAGCGACCAAGGCCCCGGGCCCGCGCGGCGGGGAAAGUUCAGGAAGGAAACCAGGCCCGACCUGGGGGUGGCGCACGCUCCCCGAACCCCGGGCGCGCGCCCUCGGUCAGGCUCUGGCGGGUGCCCCCUUGGUUCCGUGCCGCCAGCCUCUCCGGAAUGGACCCGGAGGCAGAAGCCGGCCUCCGCCCAGCCUUGUCCAGGAAUUGCAAUCAUAUGGCCAUGGACCUCAGAAUCGAAGAUGCCACUCAGAAAUCGACUGAUACAAGCUAUUAUUCACCAGGGAGCUUUGGCAAGAGAAUAGCUGGAUCAGGAAGUCUAUCUUCACUGUGGAAAAUCAGCUUGAAGCUUGUCUUUACUGAGGGUUAUAAACAAAUCCCAAGAUCAGAGACUGUUAGGACUGAUGCUCACUGAAGUCAAAGAAAGACCUCACUCUAGGGAGAAGAUCCUUAUACUACAGGAGGCUCCCAAUAGUCCUAUAGUAAGAUUGGACUCACCCUUCCCAUGCUCUUUUACUUUCUCAAGACUCCUUUUGGAUUACAGAGAUCAUGUUCUUCCUGUAAACUCCUAUGGAAGAAUUUACAAUGAGCUUGGAUCUGCACCUGGGGGUGGCAUGGAUUUCAAAGUCAUUAUUUAAGGUGUACUGUCUGUAGGGUGGAGGUGGACCAAAGACCUGUUUCACCGGAUACCGGCUUUAAAUCACCUUUCAUAUUUUCUUGUCGGAAAGACAACUGUUGGAGAGUCUUCUUGUUAUCAUCAGCAAAAAAAUGGAAACAGAUCAAGACAUUAAGUGGCCAGCAGUUAAUGAUGCCAGAGUAAUGCAAGCUUUGGCAAAGGAAUUUUUCAAGACUGUGUGCUUCACCAGCCAGGAAUCAGGAAAGGCUGAACUAUCCUUUUUGUCUCAGCUGUUUCUUAAAUCAAUGCAACCCCUCCAAAUUAAAGUGAAUUGAAACAUUCA